AUGGCUGAAGCCGAACCCGGGCAAGGCCCCAGCGCCGAGCCCAGAAAAGCGCCCACCAUCUCGAUCUCCCAAGUUCAAAACUUGCUAAAUUCGAAAGAUGACACCUCCAGGUUUACCGGCCUAGCGGUUCUCAAAGCUGUUCUUGAUGAUUCGCCUAAGUUGAGAGAGGACCAGGAGAUUAUAACACAGCUGUGGAACUCGAUAUCACCCAAGUUCCUAGAUCGACUUAUACGCACAGGCUCUAAGAGCUCAGGAACCGGCAAGGACACGAGGGAGAUGUUGAAUCUUGCCGUGUCUAUUAUACAUACCUUCACUACCCUCCUUCCUGCGGAUGAAAAACAAAAUCCAAGGCUAGUCCAGAGGAUACCAUCCUUGAUGAGUGCCAUUCUCUGCAGCUCUAAAGAAACAACUCAGUUGACACUCCAGGCGAUGGCUACUAUUACAAGUUUCCCGGCCGGGGGGAAUGAGUUUAUGGCCCUUGAUGACAUUACCCCCCUUGUAGAGGUUGCUCCAGCACACCCUGAAGCUCUCCAGAUUUUAAGUUUCGCGUGGUUCAAUACCAUGAACGGUCCUGAGGGCCCGGGACAGGUCAGAGAUAAGAUUGACGGAACUAUCCGGAAGCUCGUGUCGUCCUUCAAAGGUACAGACGGCGUCACGCUUCUUGAAUUCCUGAGCUUCUACUUGCAUUACGCGGACCCUGAGGCGAUACCACAGAAUCCUCAGUGCUUUAUUGGCUACCUCGUCAGAAGUCUCGAAAACGAUUUUGAUGACGAGAGUUGUACUUUAGUCAUGGAUCCCAACCUGUUGCUGAAGCUACGAAAGUCCCUAUCGGAGACGAUGUCUGUGACCAUUGAAUACCUCCGCGACCGGUGGGAUGCCUCAGUCGCCGGCGCCAUGGGCCUACAUCCCGAAGCCAGGGUCGGGAAGGCGACGACAGGGACAGGAUCUCAUUUGACUCUGGCAUGGGAUUCAGCAAACGAUAGUGCUGGCGAUGACCCAAUGAUACUAGCAGCUGUGAGGGCGCUAGCAAUCUGGCUUCGGGAAGAUGAGAGCAGCAUGCUUCGGAAGGAAGCGUCGGGUCUCCUUGACAUGUUCUUCGAUUUGUACAAAUCCAGCGGUCCAACGAAAAACGACUUUAGAUCGGCCGUCCUUGUUGCCUUGGAAGGCAUGUUGGAAGUCGCGAGGGGGAAGGAAGCUUUCUUCGAGAAUGAUGGAUGGGCUAUUCUUGUCAAGGACCUGCUCGACGUGUUCCAUAGGACAUCAAAGGAGAGUAACGAGUCGGACGCCUAUAGGGGGAUCAAUAUCGUCCACACACUCAUACGCAUUGCCGAGGAGGAGGAUACGGGCACUCGAGAAGCAUGGAUGGAUACCGUCACUAGCGUCGCCGCGUGGAGCCCUCCUGACGUUGAGCAACCGUCUCUUGUGCGAGAAUUCCAAUUUGCCGUGCUGCAGCUGUGUGCCGUCCUCCUGGCCCGUGCCAGUCCUGGAUUGAGGAAGAGAUACCUGCACUCGACGAGCGCCAUCGUUGGGAUAGUGAAUCAACUUCGGCAGCAUAUAGGAGACAACCGGAUACUCCAAGAGCAACUUCAGGACGUGCAGGAGACUCUGGAAAGCCUUCGGUAG